AUGCGCGCUGUCAAAAGCUGCAUUUUGUGCCGUGACAAAACGCAUCAGGUGAGAGCGCGCAGAUGCCAAGAGGCGGCGGUGAACGGCGGCCUCCUCUUCAUCACUCUUAAACACUAUCUGCGGGGCGCGUGGGGGGCCGUGGGGGGGGGGGCGUGUGAGGGAGGAGGGGGGCGCAGGCUUCACAGGACCAGCCGGCCUCACCCUCAGCUCUUGCCUCACCCCUCAGCUCCUGCCUUACCCCUCAGCUUCUGCCUUACCCCUCAGCUUCUGCCUUACCCCUCAGCUUCUGCCUCACCCCUCAGCUGCUGCCUCACCCCUCAGCUUCUGCCUUACCCCUCAGCUGCUGCCUUACCCCUCAGCUUCUGCCUCACCCCUCAGCUGCUGCCUCACCCCUCAUCUUCUGCCUCACCCCUCAGCUGCUGCCUCACCCCUCAGCUCCUGCCUCACCCCUCAGCUUCUACCUCACCCCUCAUCUACUGCCUCACACCUCAGCUUCUACCUCACCCCUCAUCUACUGCCUCACACCUCAGCUUCUUCCUCACCCCUCAGCUUCUGCCUCACCCCUCAGCUCCUGCCUCACCCCUCAGCUUCUAUCUCACCCCUCGGCUUCUGCCUCACCCACCAGUCUCAUCCUAUGCUCCUGCCUCACCCCUCAUCUACUUCCCCACACCUCAGCUUCUACCUCACCCCUCAGCUCCUGCCUCACCCCUCAGCUUCUGCCUCACCCCUCAUCUACUGCCUCACCCCUCAGCUCCUGCCUCACCCCUCAGCUUCUGCCUCACCCCUCAACUUCUGCCUCACCCCUCAUCUACUGCCCCACACCUCAGCUUCUACCUCACCCCUCAGCUUCUGUCUCACCCCUCAGCUCCUGCCUCACCCCUCAGCUUCUGCCUCACCCCUCAGCUCCUGCCUCACCCCUCAGCUUCUACCUCACCCCUCAGCUUCUGCCUCACCCCUCAUCUACUGCCUCACACCUCAGCUUCUACCUCACCCCUCAGCUUCUGCCUCACCCCUCAGCUCCUGCCUCACCCCUCAGCUUCUGCCUCACCCCUCAGCUUCUGCCUCACCCCUCAGCUUCUACCUCACCCCUCGGCUUCUGCCUCACCCCUCAGCUUCUGCCUCACCCCUCAGCUUCUGCCUCACCCCUCAUCUACUGCCUCACACCUCAGCUUCUACCUCACCCCUCAGCUUCUGCCUCACCCCUCAUCUACUGCCUCACACCUCAGCUUCUGCCUCACCCCUCAGCUUCUGCCUCACCCCUCAGCUUCUGCCUCACCCCUCAUCUACUGCCUCACACCUCAGCUUCUUCCUCACCCCUCAGCUUCUGCCUCACCCCUCAUCUACUGCCUCACACCUCAGCUUCUACCUCACCCCUCAGCUUCUGCCUCACCCCUCAGCUCCUGCCUCACCCCUCAGCUUCUACCUCACCCCUCAGCUCCUGCCUCACCCCUCAGCUUCUACCUCACCCCUCAGCUUCUGCCUCACCCACCAGCCUCAUCCUAUGCUCCUGCCUCAUCUACGGCCCCACACCUCAGCUUCUACCUCACCCCUCAGCUUCUGUCUCACACCUCAGCUUCUACCUCACCCCUCAGCUUCUGUCUCACCCCUCACCCCUCAGCUCUUGCCUCACCCCUCAGCUUCUGCCUCACCCACCAGCCUCACCCUAUGCUCCUGCCUCACCCCUCAGCUUCUGCCUCACCCCUAAGCUCCUGCCUCACCCGUCUUUCCUCCUUUGCCAGGCACAGAGCUGACCUCCUGCAGCAUUUCCAUGAUGUGUUUUCUGGCUGA